GUUCUGUAGUAUAAGCUUGUUGGUUCGUGAAUAAAGAGUUCUGUUGAUACUAAUCUCGUUCCCAAUUCAUGCCUGCGCUAAGAAUAUAAUACUGGCGACAAAGGUGUUGAGGACUACAAAUGGCACUGCCUCAAUUUGCCCCUUUUGAUGCUUCCUCAGAAGUUUGGGACACUUAUAUGGAGAGGUUCGAAUGCUUCUUAGAAGCAAACGAUUUCACUGAUCUUUCCGGCAGUAAGAAAAGGGCGCAUUUCCUGAACUCUUGCAGGCCUGAGGUUUUUGCGACUGCUCGGGCAUUGUUCACACCUACCCCUGUGCAUACCAUAUCCUGGGACAUCCUACAGCUUAAAUUGAAGGACCAUUACUCCCCCGCCCCGUCCCGAAUUGCCCGGCGGUUUAAACUGCAUCAGAUUCUACAGGAUGAGGGGGAGUCCAUUAAUCAUUAUGUGGCUUGCCUGCAAACAGCUGCCCUUGAUUGUGAAUACCGCAACCUGGACGACGCCCUUGUGGAACAGCUGGUAUGUGGCGUUAAGGACAUACGGUUGCAGAGACUCCUACUGGCCAAACGGAAUCUAGAUCUUCCAACUGCGAUCGAGGAAGCACAGGCGGCUGAAAUGUCUGAUAGAUCCACUGCUGACAUUCAGAAAUUCUACCCUCCCAGGGGUGUGACAUCAUCCAUGGUGCACCUGCAAGACGUUGUCUCUGAUGAGAUAACAGAUGAUGAGGCUGAGAUUGACCGUCUACAGGCUUCCAAACCCCGGCCUAAGGAAAAAUGUUGGACAAAGAAGCCUCCUCCCUCAGGAUGCCUCAGCUGUGGCAAACAGCACCCGAGGGUGACCUGCUGUUUCCGGUCUGCUACCUGUCGCUGUUGUGGGAGACUGGGCCACAUUGCUCAUGCAUGCCGAUCCCUGCCAAAACCUGCUGCUGUGCCGAGACCUCGCCGUUCUGCUAAAGAGGAGUGCUUCUCAAUUUCACGCAACUGCCGCAUCUCUGAGGUGACUGCCCUUUCCAGAUCACCCUCCAACAACAAACUCUCCAUGACUGUGAACAUUGAAGGCGCCUCCUGCCAGAUGGAGGUGGACACAGGCACGACAUAUUUCUGACAAACAGAGAAAGCAGCUCAACACAGGCAGAACUGUCACACUGCUUCAUGCCAAUAUCUAUUAAAGACCAGGCAGUCAAGGAGAUCAUCUCCUGUUAGACUGAAUAUUCUUCAGCUAUUAGACAGUGCCAAGGAGUGGGCAUCAUUUUUGGA